UACAUCAAUGUAUGCCCGGAGGGCAGUCCAAAGAUCGAUCCAAGCACAAAUCGCCCUGUACCGUGCACUUUCGGAUCUGACACUUGUGGUGAUGGCUACUGGUGCCAUUUGGGACUUGUCCCAGAUGAGUACCAGUGUUGCCCAGGCGAGCCAACAGUGCCUGGCGCUUGCCAGGGUCUACCCGAAGAGCCAGGAGAGCUCGGCGCUCCUGCUCCUCCGGCCACUCGCUACUAUUACGACCAGGAGGAAAUGACAUGCAAAGAGUUCAUCUACAAUGGUCGCAAGGGAAAUCAGAACAACUUCUUGACGUUGGAAGACUGUGAACGAACUUGCGAGGUGUUCGUAAAUCCUUGCAACCAGCCGAUCCCACUUCCACCCACGAUGUGCUCAGUGACCAAUCCAAGCGUUUGUGGUCCCAGCUCUUACUGUCACAUUGGAGCUACUCCGGAUACGACCGUGUGCUGUCCUAGCGAGGGAGAUCCAUGCUCGUUGCCGAUGAGUCGUGGAACUGGCAAUGCAUACCUGCAACGAUGGUACUACAACCAGCAAACAUCGAGCUGUCAACAAUUCACAUAUGCCGGUCUUCAAGGAAACGAAAAUAACUUUUUGACAAGAGAGGUGGGCAAAAUUAUAUGGGAAACUUCAUUUGGAGUACAUUCGUGGCAGUUUUGAGA